UGGGCUGCAGCUGGAAUGAGAAUGGGUCAAUGAGAAGCAUAAACAGGAGACUUAAUAACAGUAGAACUCAUCGAAAUCUUUAAAAGCUGAAGUAAACGCAGAAAUUUAGACUGGGUGACAAACAUGAAGCGAGAUGUCAGGAUAUUGUUAUUGGGGGAACCCAAGGUGGGAAAGACAUCAUUGAUCAUGUCUCUGGUUGGGGAGGAGUUUCCUGAGCAGGUUCCCCCCCGUGCUGAAGAGAUCACCAUCCCCGCCGACGUCACUCCCGAGAAGGUGCCCACGCACAUUGUCGACUACUCGGAGAGCGAGCAGACGGAUGAGGUGCUGCAACAAGAAAUUGUCAAGGCCAAUGUGGUGUGUGUGGUUUAUGACGUCACUCAAGAGGACAGCAUUGAGAAGAUCCGAACAAAAUGGAUCCCUUUAGUGAACGGUGGCGCAGAGAAGGGAAGCAACAGGGUCCCCAUCAUCCUGGUGGGGAACAAGUCGGACCUCCGCUGCGGGAGCUCCAUGGAGUCCAUCCUGCCCAUAAUGAACCAGUUCUCUGAGAUCGAGACCUGCGUGGAGUGUUCAGCCAAGAACCUGAAAAACAUCUCAGAGCUCUUCUACUAUGCUCAGAAAGCUGUGCUGCAUCCAACUGCCCCGCUCUACGACCCUGAAGAUAAACAGCUAAGGCCCAUGUGUGUUCGAGCCCUCAGUCGAAUCUUCACCAUCUCCGACCAAGACAAUGACAGGAUUCUUAGUGACAGCGAACUCAACUGCUUUCAGAAACUGUGUUUCGGGAACCCGCUGGCCCCGCAGGCUCUGGAGGACGUGAAGACAGUGGUGUGGAAGAAUACUAGUGACGGGGUGCAGGACAAUGGCCUGACGCUUAAUGGCUUCCUGUUCCUCAACACGCUGUUCAUUCAGAGGGGCCGGCACGAGACCACCUGGACCAUCCUGAGGAAGUUCGGCUACGAUGACUCGUUGGAGCUGACAGACGACUACCUUCACCCUCAGCUGCACGUUCCUGCGGGCUGCUCCACGGAGCUCAAUCACCUGGGCUUCGAGUUCCUUCAGAGGCUGUUUGAAAAGUACGACGAGGACAAGGACUCUGCCCUCUCUCCUACGGAGCUGAAGAAUCUUUUCAGCGUGUUUCCCUCCGUGCCCUGGGACGCGGACGUGUACACGGCAGUGCCCCUUAACGAGGAAGGCUUCGUUACGCUGCAUGGGUACAUGUGUCAUUGGGCGCUGACAACAUACCUGAAUGUCCAACGCUGCUUGGAGUACCUGGGCUAUUUGGGCUACCCUGUCGUCACUGAGCAGGAGUCCCAAACUGCAGCAGUGACGGUCACACGGGAGAAAGCCCUGGACCUGGAGAAGAGACAGACCCAGCGCACUGUGUUUCUCUGUAAAGUGAUUGGACCUCGUGGCACCGGCAAGACCGCCUUCCUGCAGAACUUCCUGGGCCACAGUUUAUCGAAACAGCAGAGUCAUUCUGGUGCCUUGUCCUGCUACGCCGUAAACACUGUUCAAGUCAACAACCAGGAGAAGUUCCUGAUCCUGUACGAGGUGGACGUGGACACGGAGCUCCUCAAGGUCUCUGAUACAGCGUGCGAUGUGGCCUGUCUCAUGUAUGAUGUCAGUGACCCCAAGUCCUUCAGCUACUGUGCCAGUGUCUACAAGCAGCACUAUAUGGACAGCAGCAUACCCUGUGUGCUGGUGGCCUCCAAGGCUGACCUCCCCGAGCAGAGGCAACAGCACGGAGUUGCCCCUUCGGAGUUCUGCUACAAGCAUGGGCUGCCGCCUCCCUUCACCUUCUCCUGUAUUGGUUUCGACUCCUCCAGCGCCUCCAUCUACUCCAAGCUGGCCUGGGCCGCCAUGUUCCCGCACCUGAAUGGCUCAGACAUGAGCAGCACCUCCUUCUGGCUGAGAGUGACACUUGGGGCCGCUGUUGUGACAGUCCUGGGCUUCAGUAUCUACAGAGCUCUCAUCAGGCAGAAAUAGACCGCCUAAACCACCCACCUCCAUUUCCCCUUACAGACUGACUGACACUCCAUCAACAGACUUGCCACAUGGGAAAGGGUGUGGCAUAUGCUAGCAUCAUAAUUAAAUUCCUGUUCUCUUACUUUUAA